UUGUUGACCUACUCGGUUACUUUGCUGGGCAGCGUUUGUGUGAUGGAGCCUCCAGCGAAGAGGAGCCGAGAGGAUCCUCAAAGGGCACGGGUGGUUCUUUGUGGAGCUGGCUCUUGGGCACAAGGUUGGCACCUGCCACAGCUGCAGAGAGAUCCCUCAGUGGAGCUUGUGGCGAUUGUCGAUCCAGCUACAUCAACAUGGAGCAAAUACAAUCUAGACAUGAAGCCGACCAAAGAGCUGGCUGAAAUGUACGAGGUGCAGCAUGCAGGGUUCUGGAUGGAUGGAGAGAGAGCGAGAGAGAGAGAGAGAGAGAGAGAGCGCGCAUGUUGCAAGGUGUGGCAAGGCCGCUGAAUAUGUCGUACGUAGUUUGUCCAAAAGCAACCUCCCAUACUAGGUCGAUCGGAUCCCAGGUUCCUGUCUUCCAAGACUUCGCUGAGUUCCUCAGAUCUAGUCUUGCUCAAAGAACUGAUGGGGUGAUUAUUUCGUCAACUCACACCACGCACUGCAGCCUAGGACUGCAGGCAGCAGAGGCGAAAUUGCACAUUUUCAUGGAAAAGCCCAUGACCACGAGCUCGAUUGAAGCUCGCAAGCUGCUUUGUGCGGCCAAAGACCUGAAGUCUCUGGGCAAAGUUUUCAUGGUGAACCAUUCUGCCAACUUCACAAACCAAGCCUUACGAGCUCGAGAAAUCCUUCGUGCAGGGAAAAUCGGAGAAGUUGAGCACGUCACUUGCCACAUGAUCCGUGAGCGCGAAUUCUUCGAAGAUCUGCAAAACAAACUCUGGGUUUGCAGCUCUGAAGGAUCUGCUGCUGGAAACGGGUUUGCGUGGGGCCAAAGCUGCCACACAUUGGCAUGGGUUUACUUUGUCACUGGCUUGAUUCCUCAGAGUGUUUUUUGCAAGAUGGUUUACUCCAAGAAGACUGGUGCUGACAUAUUCACUUCAGCUAUCAUCGAAUGUACGAAUGGAGCUACGAUUACUUGCCAAGGCCUUGCAGGCCUGCCUGGUGGAAACUCUGUGGGUUCGGCCUCUGCAACGGGAAAGUUGAUCGAGAACAAGAUAUUCGGAUCCAAGGGUUGCUUGCUUUACAGUGGUGACGAUGCAGAUCCUGGCUCGGGCCAGCUGGAGGUGUGCAGCGAUGGCUUCCACGAGGUGAUGCCGGGGUUUUACUUUGAAAAUACAACGAAAGAAGGCUUUGGUCCAGAGUCCUUGCGCUGCUUUGGGGAUGCUUGCCGUGGCAAGACAAUAACAAAUUGCUCUGAUGCCUACGUGUCCCUGCAAGUUGUACUGACAAUCGAGGCAAUGUACGAAAGCGCAAAGUCUGGAUCUGUCCAGAAGAUCCGGGAAUGACUGGAAUUUGAGUCAAAA